AUGUACCAGGCCGUCGACGAGGAACUUGAUCGACAUGAGCGUUUGAAGAUUAUCAAACCGAUCGACUACUCGGAGUGGGCCGCUCCGAUCGUGGUCGUUCGCAAAGCCAAUGGCAACAUACGGAUAUGCGGCGAUUACUCUACAGGACUGAACAAUGCACUCCAACCGCAUCAAUAUCCGUUGCCGUUGCCGCAGGACAUAUUUAUCAAGCUCGCACACUGCAAGAUCUUCAGCAUUAUUGACAUGUCGGAAUCAUACUUGCAAGUUGGAGUCGACGAAUCUUCUAGCAUGCUUCUAACCAUCAACACCCAUUGA